CGGUUCCCCCCGCGCCCUCCACCGCCGCCUCCAGCCUUCAGCACCGCCCGCCCCGGACGCGGCUGCCGCCGGCGGGACGACGAGCCUGGCCCCGAGCGCAGCAUGAGCAGCCUCCCCGCCGACCGGGAGGGCGGCCCCGCCGACCCCGGCCUGCCCGAGGAGGAGGUGAGGACGCUCUUCGUUAGUGGGUUGCCUCUGGACAUUAAGCCCCGGGAACUUUACCUGCUCUUCAGGCCCUUUAAGGGAUACGAAGGGUCCCUCAUCAAACUCACCUCCAAGCAGCCCGUGGGCUUUGUCAGCUUUGACAGCCGCUCCGAAGCGGAGGCAGCGAAGAAUGCGCUGAAUGGCAUCCGCUUCGACCCCGAGAUCCCCCAGACACUGCGGCUGGAGUUUGCCAAGGCCAACACGAAGAUGGCCAAGAGCAAGCUGGUGGGCACCCCAAACCCCAGCACGCCACUCCCCACUGCCAUACCUCAAUUCAUCACCCGCGAGCCCUAUGAGCUCACAGUGCCUGCACUUUACCCCAGUAGCCCUGAAGUGUGGGGGCCAUACCCUCUGUACCCAGCGGAGUUAGCACCUGCUCUACCUCCUCCUGCUUUCACCUAUCCCGCUUCACUGCACGCCCAGGUAAUUCAGACCCAUCCGCCACCACUGCGCUCACCCUCACAGACCUCCCCUUCUCCUGGGUGCUCGCUGCACCACUAACCUCUGCCCAGCUAACAGGCACUCACCCCUCCUCACUGAGACUUAGGGAUGGCACCAAACACCCUGUCUGUCUUCCUCCCUUCAUUCCCACCAGGUGGGGCGGGAGGGAUUGGGGAAGCUUGCUGGCACAGGACUUGAUCCAUCCCCACCGCUCCCAGUACCAAACAACCCAUCCACUCCCUUGAGCAUCGCUGGGAUGCAGCUUGAUGGAUGCGGGGUGUGAAGCAAAGCAACCCUGAGGAGAGGGAAAGCGAGUUGCAAAUGGAGGACCCAUCUUUUAUUGACAAGUGCUUUUCCGUUGGCUGCCCCAGUGGCAGCAUGUGGAUGUUAAAAUGAAGCACCUACCUAGCGGAGAAAAGGAGAACUAGAAAUGGAGGCGGUGGAGGAUUUCUUUGCAGUGCCAGCCUUUGGAAUGUUUCCCGUAGUGGCAUCACAGGGAUGAUGGGAAGAGAUGCCUGCCACGGAGUGGGGAACAGAAGCUGCCUCCCCAGCAGCCAUGCUGGACAUUAUCCCAGCUUGUGCUCCUCAGCUGCAGCUUGGCGGUGAGCAGGAGGAAAUGAGCACAUGGAAACUGAUUUGCCGGAUAAGCCACAUCCGAAAGUCUUGAACCGGGUUAUCCGGAGCCACCAUCGCCGGAGCCAGAGACAGCCGGGGGCUGGUUUGAACGGGAGGGCGAGGAAAAGCGCUCCAUGUACAAACCAUCCUCAGCCUUUGGAUGAAACUCCAGGUUUUCAGGCCUUGCUGUCUGUAGGAAGAGCAGCGGUAAAUAUUAUUGCAGUGACGUACUUGCCUUGUCAAAUAACCACUAACAGGCAGCACCUGCGCUGCUCAGGAGGCUGGUGAAAUGGCCAGCAAAGGAAGUGGAGAUGUAAGGAGGCUCCGAGGGCUCCUGGGAAAAUCCAUGCUGAGAAUUGAUGUUAGAUGCUGAGACUAUCCCCACUUGGUCCUGCUGCAAGCAGUGAUGCCACAGGCUGCAUUCAGCCCCAGCCAGUGUCAUCAUCCCAACCAGAGCUGGGAAGUACUGCGUGUGUUUUGAUCUCCUUGGGGAAGGCUGGGAAAAGGGAACCCAUAGGAGCUUCGUGCCAGGGUGUGUGGCCACCACUCUUCUCACCUUGUUGCACCUCUUGUCUUUGCAGAUGCGCUGGCUCCCUCCCUCCGAGGCUGGUUCUCAGGGCUGGAAGUCCCGUCAGUUCUGCUGAAUGCCGGGUCUCAGGUGUGUGAUGGUGGCCUACAGUCAGUCUUGUGGGUAUUAAUGGAGUCUUCCAAGGUGGCUACUGGGUUGGUGUGCUCUCUGCAGAACCACAGUGUGCUGGCUUGAAAAAAACACAAACAAAAAACCUCACGCAAGUUUGGAUUCCUCCAAGACUUUCCCACAGCCUCUAUCACACAUCUGCUCUCCUAGAAGAAAAAUGGAAAAGCAUACCUAGUAAUAAUAUUUUCCUCUUUUACACUGUAUAUUUGUGAGAAAGAGUGUGUUACUUCUGAAAGCAUGGUUUGACAGGCAUUGCUGUAGUGUUUGACAAGUCUUCAAACAGAACCAUAGGAAAGCAGACUGAAAAAAAAAUCAAAAAAAGAAAAAAAAAAGGCAAAACAGGAGCAAGUAUUUUUGUACCAAACCUCCUAAACAGAACAAUCUUACACUGGCUCAGACCACAGGUUUUGUGCUUGACUUUUGAAUGCGUGUCAGUAGGAGUCUGUAUCCCCCUGCCCCGUCAACUGCAUGUCAAAGGCAUGAUGCUCACGUGCAUGCAGAUGUCAAGAUGCACGAUUUGGGUGUGUAGGAAUCGUGCUCUCUCUGGCACAGGAAUUGCGCUCCGGCUGCAUCGGCAAGACAUCUGCAGACACUGACAGUAUUACUGUUUUCUUCCCAGUUGUACCAAAUGACAACCAGGCAGGACAAUCAGAAACUUUCUUAUGGUGAUUCUGCUUUUUACCUUAGGGCUAUGUUAAUAGCUUGCUGUGCAAAGCUUCAGCACGGUACAACGGGCUCAGAUCAGGGAUGGGCAGAGAUAGCCCACAUAUGUAGCAAGGUGACAAUUUGCCUCUUUCUCCUCCUCUUCCUGCCAUGACUGCUUGAAGUUGUUAUAAGCACCAUAAACUGCUGUAUGGGAAAAAAACAAACAACAAACCGCUGGUUUGCCAGCUUACUCGAGCUUGGGCACGAGUCCUGAGCAAGCUGACAGGCAAGAGACUGCUUGACAUACCAGUCUCUCCCUCUCCAUGCUCCAGGAGAAAUUUGGAAAGAGCAAAGCAAACCAAAACCUCGAAGAGAUUUCGGUUUCUUGCAAAAGGAGGUGCAAAACUUCUUCCAUUGCCUGUCCUCCCAACCCUAUCCUCACUGCAGGGCACACUGAGCUCAGCCGCUGCCUAGGCUUUGCUGUAGUCGGUUUCCCAGCUGCACUGAAGACAUGGGGUGCCCAUGGCCUUGGUAAAUACAUCAUAACCUUUUUCUUCCUCCCUCCUUUUAUUCUGUGGGUAGGCUGAGAUUUUGGCUGCUGGAGCAGGGGCAGGUGUUGGGUGAAGCGGUGCAAUGGGAAACUGUCCUGUUGGGGUCUUCUGUAAAAAAUGGCACUGAUACAGGCAACUCCAGAAGAAAUCAAUUCCAAGACAACCCCCUGAGUGGCUCUAAACGGAAUGAUAUCAGCAUUUCCAAGCAACGGACUAACUCUUUUAGCAAACUAUUUCCUGUACUUUGUCUUGUGGAGAGGAGAGAAGCAUCCACAUUGUCUACUCCGCUUUUGGAAUGUGUUUAAAGGUACUUUUCUAUUGUAAUUUUUUAAUAAAUAAAAGCAGUGAUUAUUAUAAGUUA